AUGGCGCCGCCGCGCCUGCCGCCGGGAUACCACUUCACGCCGUCCGCGGAGGAGCUCGUCCACAACUACCUGGAACCCUGGAUCGCAGGGCAGCCGCUGGGCGAGCUGGCCUCCGUCGUCUGCAUCGCCGACGUGUACGGCAGCGACCCGGCGGCGCUGACGGAGAGGUUCAGGGAGUUUGGCCACGACGGGCAGCACUGGUACUUCCUCUGCGUCACAAAGUGGAAGGUGAGAGGGGCGGCCGCGCUAAGGAGCCGGCCGGCGGCGGUCAUGAACCGAGCCGUGGAAGGAGGCGGCUACUGGCAGCGCUGGGGGCAGGCGGGCGCCAGCCAGCACAGCUUCCAGUACCGCGACGCGGACGGCAGGAGCACGGGGUGGAUGAUGGUGGAGUUCCGCAGCGGCCUACCGGCGGCCACGGACGGCGAAGGAGUCAAGGUCAUCUGCAAGGUGUACCUAUCGCCCAAGGCGCCGACCACGCCGGCGGUCGACGAGGAGCGCCAGCACGUCGGGACCAAGAGGCCGGCAAUGGCGGUGAAGGAGGAGCAGCGAGAUGGCAAGUUCGUCGUCGAGGAUGCAGGUAACUUGGUGCCUGACACGGUUGAUGGUGCCGCCGCCGCCGCCGCCGCCGCCGGGACGACAGCCUGGCUGCAACCGAACUACGGCGGCGCUUUCAUCAAGAUGGAGGACGUGAAGCCGUUGGUAAUGGUGCGUCCAAACGGGGAGGUGGUGCGAUUCGGCCUACCGGCGCCGGCAGUCAGCCCUGGGGGCACCGACGAACCAUGA